CCCUUCUACAUCGUACGAUCAUCCAGAGCUCCAACAAAUUAAAAAAGUCCGGUGAAAAAUAUUUAUCACAUAUACAUGGCGAUCAAGACGAAGAACAUCUCGCCGGACGGGAAGCGGCAGAUGACGAUGCAGCAGUUCACGGCGUGGCUGGGGAGGUUCGACGCCGAUAAAGACGGCAAGAUCAGCAGACAGGAGCUGGCCGACGCCGUCCGCGGCGCCGGCGGGAGGUUCGCGUGGUGGAAGUGCCGGCAGGGGCUCCGGUCGGCCGACUCCGACGGCAGCGGCUACAUAGACGCGAACGAGAUCGGCAACCUCGUGGAGUUCGCGCAGAAGCACCUCGGGGUGAAAAUCGUCGGUUUCUGAAUUAUCGGGCCCGUCUUUUCUUCUAUAGGCCGGCCCACGACGUGGUCCGGGCCCAAGGUGCAAACUUAUGAUGUGUUUACUGUACGGACUAUGGGCGCCUCGACCUUUCAUUAUUAUAUGGUUUGUAUUUGAAAGAGGUAAGUACGAUGUGUGUAAGUAUACUUAUCGCCAUAAUAAAAAUAAUUUCCUGGCUGCAGUUUGAAUGGCCUGGCUGUAAUGGAAAUUAAUAAAAUAUAUCUAUAUGUAUAAUUAGUCGUUGAAAUUAUGUGAGUGGUGGGAAACAAAAAGUUAAAAGAUAUUGAUGUUUCAUGUUUAAGCAAUCAAACGUGUUCGGUAUUAUUAUUUUUUUAUUAUAUAAAAAUUUAUCAAGUAUCUGGUGGUUUGUAUUGUUACCUUUUAUUAUUAUGUCUUGUAGGUGUUUUUCUUGAUUUAAAUUUAAAAUUAAAAAAAAUUAUCGGCAUAAAUUAUAGGCAUAGAU